AUGACGUGUAUAAGGUAAAAAAAUUUUAAUAUUAACAUUUUUAAUUGAUAAACUAAAUAAUAGGUACCUAUUAGUAAACCAUUUGAAACUUAUUAAAAUUUUAGUAAUGAAGGCAAAUUUAGCUUGGGAGAACAUACACUUUUAGUGCCUACAGAACUAUAUAGACUUAAUCGUGAACGACUUUGUAAAAAUCUAUCUGAAGUUUUAGUUGAAGAUGCUUACGUUUUGUUACAAGGAGGAUCAAAUUUAUCCCAUUAUUGCACCGACGUUGACUAUGUAUUCAGACAGGUAAAUUCAUUUAGUUGGUCUUAUGUAUUUUAAAGCUUAUUAUUCUUAUACUGUACAAUUUAUAUUAAUAUAUAAUUAUAAUAUUUAUCCUUUUUUUAAAGAACUCUUUCAAGGUUGGCGUGAGGUAAAAUUACUUUUUAGGCUUGUGUUUCAACAGACGCCCCUUUUAAAAGUUAUUAAAUUGAAAAAAAAAAUUAAUUUAUAGAUUAUGUAUUACAUAUAGAAAUUACACAAAAAAGGAUACAUAAAUAUAGUGAGCUUCUAAGUUUUACUUUGGUGCUUCUGAGAACAGUGCCUUAGGUAAUAAUCUAUAUCUCCUUAUACAUGCUUCUUCAUGAUAACUUUUAAUCAUUAAGUGGGUGCUUUUUUUUUCUUAUACAUUAUUAAGAGGAUUAUUUAAAUAAAAAUUUAUCUACUUAUCAUCAUUGUUUAUAAUACUUUUUAAUAUUGUAAACAUUGCAUUUUUUAUUUACUAAAUUUAUUCAAAGUUGGUCAUAAUAUUUGUUUGAUGAUAAAUAUUUUUAAUACAGAAAAUUAUAAAUAGUUAUUGAAAUUAUUGAAUAUUUUUUGUAAGUCAUUUAAUGUACAUACAAAUUUGGAAUAAAUUUGAUAUUUUGAACUUGAAAAUAUAAACAAGCUAGAACAUACAAUAUCUGUAAUGUAUACAAAUUUAAAUGUUCCCAUGGCAUUAUGCUAAAAAUGUCAAUUUGUAAUGUAUGUGUAUCUGAUUAAGUAUUAAAGUGACUUAUUUUGAUCAUCUAGUUUCAUAAAAAGUCACUGCACGUACAUUUUUUUCAUUAUACUUAUUUUGAGUAUAGAGCAGAAGCCCACCAUUUUUACAUGAUUUUCUUUAAAGUGCCUUAAGACAACACACAUAUGUUUAUAAAAAUGUUGACAAUAUUUUUAUAGAUUUAUGAUAUAGGUACUUAAAGAAAAGUGUGGUGCAUGUACUCUUAAAAAAUUACUUCAUAACUUCAUCAAUUUUGACUUGUAAUAUUAUAUUGAAAUAUUUUGUCAUUAAUGAUGCUGUUUCAAUAAUAAUCUCUCUUGAAAGCUCUAUCAAUGAAUUUUAUAGUAGAGAUUCAUCUGUGUUGAACUGACACUUUGUUAAGUAAAAUUAAUUUUUCCGAAUAAGUGAGUUUAAAAACUAACAUGUUUUCCAUAAAGUCACAUGAUAACACAUUUCAAGAUUAAUUAAAAUUAAUUUUACUGAUUAUAAGAAUAUAAUACUAUGGUUCAAUUUGAAAUUUACUUUGGCUAAAUUAAGUAUCACUUAUGCUGGACCAGUUUGUACAUUUUAAAAAAGAAAUUAAAAAAUGCCAUAUUCAAAUUUUAAGUAAUUAUGCUAAUUGUAGUUUAUAUGUUUAGAUAUUGUUUAGAUGCAAAUUAACAUCAAAUAUGUCUAGGGGGGAGGCAAAUCACAUUUAUUACCUACUUCCUUUUUUAAUGUUGGGUGAUAAAAUAAAGUAAAAUAACUUAAAUAACUAAUAAAAAUAAUUAUUUUGUUCAUAAAAAAAGGCAGACAUACUUCGUGGACAGGUGCAGGCACUAUUAUAGGUGAGAAGUAGGGAAGGUAGUAGAGGGAAAAUUUAAUGGUUAUCUGUGCCCAACGGUUAACCAUUGCUAAUGAGAAAAAAAGAUUCUGAGCAGAGUUUAAUUGAUAGUCUUGCUUUGUUAACAAAAUAUAUGUCAUAAUUUGGUAAAAUAAUUUUCAUAAUAUGCAUUAUAUAUUUUCUAUAUUAAUAUUUGUUUAAUAUUGUACUUUUUUUCCUGGUUUUUCCCACUUAUUGUGAAAAUUCUCGGGAAAAACAAUAAUAACCUCCCUAAAGUACCACUCCAGUCAGAUUUCCUUUCAGAAAAAGUGUUAUCAUUAUAAAUCUAAGCAAAAUUACUUAUAGAAAAGUUGUUCACAGAUAAAAAAAAAACAUUGUAAAACCAAUACAUUAGAAAAUCUAUAUAUUUUUUUUCUAAUGUCUUAAAAAUUGAAUGAUAUAAUUUUUAUUUUAAAUACAUUUUUGGUGUUGACAUAAUAUUACAAUUCUAUACAAGUAUUGUAAUCUGCAUAAUACCGGUACCUAUUCCAAAUUGACUUGUUAUUUCUAAACUUUUUCUUUUUUAUCUUUACCUUUAUUCCAUACAUGUGAACCUGGCUACUUUUAUUCUCACCCUUUACAGCUUAUUACCAUUUCUCCAUCUCCAAUAUGUUUUUUUAUUACUAUAAAUUACUUAUUUAAAUACCUAAGUGUACAUAAUAUAUUAGGCAUUAAUUUUACAUAAAAACAAUUUAAAGUUUCUAGAGUACCUAUCUACUUUUUUAAUAAGCAACCAUUGUAUUUAUUCUAUAGAAAAUUGAUUAAUUUCAACAUUAUUAUAUAUAUUACCAUGGCUGUCCCAAUGCGGUAACAAAAUAGGCAGUCGUCUAGGGUGGCAAAUUUUCGAAUAAACCAAAUUGAUUUAAUUAUUACAUUAUCUAGUAUACAGAAAUGUAUGUUCAUUUUUCAACAAAUACAAAAAAAAAUAUCCAUUAAUAUGAUACUAAUUUCCCAUUAGAAACGGUAAUUCAGUUCAUUGUAAAUAAUAACAAUUUUGUUCUGAACGUAGCUAAAGCGCUCCAAAUUAUUUUAAAAAUAACUACAUUGGUUGCAUCAGAUUAAUGAAGCUUUUCCAAAUUAAAAAAUAAAUUAACAACUAUUUGAGGUCUUGUGAAAAUUUCUAUUUAAAAAAAGUGAUGAAAAAUCUUGAGUUUAAAAAUGUAUUAACUGAUUUUACACAAGUAAAGCCUCGCAAAAUAAAUUUCAUAUAUUAUAUUUUAAAUUCUGGGUGUACAAAUAUAUUUAUUUUUUUUUUAUAUGAACACUUUAUACCGGAAAGUUUACUCCGAUGUAUACAAUGUAGACACUUUUCCAAAAGGAAAUUUUCUUGGGGUGGUACUUUAGGGAGGUAAUUUUUCAAUUUUCCCAAAAGUUUUCCCAGAAAAUGUGUAAAUCCAAGAACAAAUAUGGGAAAACACUGAAAAAUGUGGUAAAAUCGGUUCAUUAAACAAAUAUUAUUAAAGAAAAUAUAUAAUGCAUUUUUAAUUAUUUUACCAUAAUAUGACAUAUGUAUUGUUGGCGAAGCAUCACUAUCAAUUGAACUGCAUUCAGAAUUGUGUUUUCGUUAGCAAUAGUUUAUCGUUGCUUACAAGUACACAUUAAAUUACUUAUAACAGUGGCUGCACCCUAACCCAUUAUCCUAGGACGUCUUUUUCAUAACUGAUUGUAUAUAAAUAUAUAAAUCAAAAAAAAAAAUUAAUUUUGAGGAGAAAUAAUUAUUAACAAGUUUCAUAAAAUAUCUUACUGUUAUAAUUAUUUAUAUAAAAAUAUAAAAAUUUAGAUAGCAAGUCUUUAUUGAGAAUAAUGGUUUUGGUUACUCUUUCAAACUAAAUGAUACAAAUUUUCAAGAAAUAUUAAAAUUUCGAAUUGAGUCUGGGGAUAAGAAAUAAUGUCAUUUUAAAAAUACAAGUUCCAAAACCACAUAGUAUAUCAGUAAAACUACAUAGAAUGAAAUUAAAUGUCUGUAGUAAAUUACCUAUAGAUAAUAUUAUCAACAAUGUAAAGUUCUCUCCAUAUUAUAAUAAUAUAUAUUCGACGAAAUAAUAGAUAAUGAAAAUUAUUUAAAAAUAAUAUGUGAAAUUUUACCUCCUAAAUUUUUUUUUAAUGUAUUAAUUAUUAACUUAUUGAUGUUAAUUUACUAUUAUGAUAAUGGAUGUGUAACGUAGAUUAUAAAUAUGACAUGUUCUUUUUCAGAACAUUUAUUUCAAUUUUAUAAUUUUUAUAUUUUGUAAAGAAAACAGGUUGGUCAAAAAAAAUUUUUUUUCUAAAUAAAAACACUAAUUUAUUGUUAAAAAACAAAUGUCCAUAUUUUAUUUAACUCCCUCCCUCCAAAAAAUUAACUUUUAAUUAGGGCAGCGUAAAUCAGAUUUGUCUAGAGCGACAAAAAACCUUUGACCAGCAUAUUACUAUACAGAAAAUAAUAAAAACUACUAGUGUGACUAUAACAAUACUAUACAAAUAUUAAUAAUUACAGAUGGGUACUUGUGUGUGUGAUGUAUUUCAUAAUUAUUAUAGAUUAUUUGUUUUCAUUUUAUAUGUUUAAUAACAUUCACAUAAACAACAUUACAACAACAACAGGUAAUAGCUUAAUAAAUAGUCUUGUUUAUGGUAAUAUGACAUGGUUACUAUAUAUAGCAUACACAUAAACAUAUUUAAUAGUACGCUAAAUUAGAAGUUGCCUACGUGUGCAAUUCAAGGUUUAUAUAUGUUUUUGUUUACACCAUUUAUACCUAUCUACCAAAAUAUAGAAUUAUAGACGAUAGACUUUUUCCGAGUUUAAUAAUAAUAAUAUUAUUAUUGAUCGUUUUAUUUCAAUAAUCAUAAUAAUAAUAAUUUUAAAACUAUUUUAUCAUAUAGUUGAGCAUGUUUAUUACCUGAUACACUGACAUAUAACCGCUUUUUAACCCCGAUUUCAUACUCUUAUUAAAUAUUAUUAAGUUUGCGUCAUAUUAUUAUACUUAUUAAAGAAAUAUAUACUUUAAUGCAUUAGGUAUAUGGAUUUUAUUAAAAAAACUACAAGUUAUUAAUAUUAUAUUAUUAGUUUGUAAUAGGUAACAGUAUCAUAGUGAACAAUAAGUGUACACAAAUGGUUUUGUAAUUAUUGAAAUAAAUGUAUUAAAAUAUAUAUCAUAUUAAAUUAAUAAGGAAAUAAAAUAAAAUACAAACAUUAUUUAUAAAAUAUUAUUACCGGGUAUUAUUAUUUUAAUUACUCAAAAAAAGUUACUUUUGUGCCAUUAAGAAUAAAAUUAAAAGUAAUAAAUAUAUUAUAAUAAUAUAGGUAGUUGUUUUUAUAGAAUGUUGGACCUUUAUAGUUGAUGUAAACAAAUUGAAGAUUUCCUUAUUUAUUUUUGUUUAAUGUACUUUUUAUUUUAGGAACCUUACUUUCACUGGGCUUUUGGGGUCAGUGAACCUGAUUGUUUUGGUUUAAUACAUGUAUCCAGUGGUAAGACACAUUUGUUUUUCCCUAGACCUGAAGAAUCACAUAUUGUUUGGUUGGGAAAACCGUUGAGCUUAGAUGAAUACAAAUGUCGGUAUAAGGUCGAAGAAGCAUUGUUUGUAGACAUGGUAAUAAAACUUUUUCCUAUCUGCAUAUAUUAUCAUAUUUAUUAUAGGUAUUAUUUUUAAAAUAUUUAAUAUCCACAAUAAGAAUCAGUACAUUUUUAUUUCAUGAAUUGUAAUAGUCUACGAUUAACAUGUCAAAAACAUUGACGUUUGAACGGAGGAUGAUAAAUAUAUAAAAAUAGAAUUUUCUAGGACAGGUGCCCAAUUUUGUUACAUUUUUAAUAUGUCCAAUGAGUCACAAGGACUAAAAAGUGAUGACAUUGGUCACUUAAAAAAGUUUAAGGAUUAUUUUUUUUGCAUAUUAUGAUGUGUUUUAAUAUUUUAACAAGUUUGAUCUGUGGCUGGUUUUAUUUAAUAUACACUACUUUGAGUAUUUUUUUAAUUAAAAAAUGUAAAAUAUUGUAAAUGGUUCUUUGCAUAGAUAACAUUGGAAUCGCCUUUAGUGAAUGUAAAUAAAAAAAUAGUCAAGCACAAAAUUACAUUUUUUAUUGCUUAUUAAGGGCACUAGUUGAGAUUCUGCGAUAAGCACAAGAAAAUGAAUUUAUCUCUAAUAAUAGGAGAGGGUUUAUUUAGUUUAAUUUUAAUGACUUUACAAUUUAUUUGAAUUCCCGCUUAGUAGGUAAUUCAAGUUGUUUUGAACUGUUUUAUUAUACAUACUUCUCAAAAACUAAAAUUAAUAAUUUAUAAUUAGAAAAAAAAAGUAAUUUAAGUAAUCCUAAAUAUUUAAAAUAGUGUUAGCUAAAAUAAUUUUAUUUAGAGAGUUUAAAUUGACAAUAAUCUACUUAUCUAGCUAAAAAUUGAGUGCCUACUACAAUAUUAUCUGUUUUAUUGUGGUAAUAAGGAAAAUUAUACUUUUUAUCAUAUAUGAGUAUUGUACCAAAAUAUAAUUUGUAUUUACUAAUUUAUAGUCAUUAUUUGAUAUUAAGUUAAAAACAAAUUGUUUCACAAUUGAAAAGUUGAUUUUUAAUCAGCGUUUGCCACAUUAGUAGCAAUAACAGAUUACAAAUAACUGCAAUAUUAAAUCAACAUAUUUAUUUAAUCAAUUGAAGUACCUACCUACUACAAUACUAAUAAAUAACUACUUUAAUAAUUUACAAAAAUAUAUUUGUUAAAUAAUGUUGAUGAAUGUUAUAAUUUAUUUGUGUGAACUAAUUGUGUUAAUUUCUUUACAUAUAUUUAUGAAUUAUGAUGAUUAAUGAACACCAAGCAUUAUUUAUAUAGACAGUGGUAACAGUAAAAUGAUUUUACUACGGGGAGCAGAGGGGGUAAGACUGAUGGUUUAAAAAUUGUUAUUAUUUACAUUAUAUUAUUUUUAUAGAUUCUCAAUGUGCUGAAGAUGCUUUUUGGGUUUUUCCUUUUUGGUUAGUGAAAAUGUUCUGAUUUAUUUCAUAAUGUACCUUAAAAGAUGCUGGUUUUCAGCCAGAUGGAAUAUUAUUUGAAAUAUUUUGCAAAAUGUUCAAUACUUUUCAAUACUUUUUUCAAAAAAUGAUGUUUGUUUUUAAUAUGAUGUUUAUUUUUGUAUUUUGCUUCAUCUUUAAAUAACUUGUUUCCCAGAAAUCUUGUUCCAAUUAAAAAAUAACAAAUGAUCAUUUUUGUAACAUUUUGAAUCUAGUUAGUGCGUUAGAGAGGUCAUUUGGAUUUUCCAUGGGUUUUUCUUGAUAAUUGUGAAAAUCCAGAAACAAAAUUAUAGGAAAAACAAACAAAUAUUUACGGCUUGCCGUUUGAUCAAUUGGUAUUGGUUUUAAUUGAUUUUUCGUAUAGCUUUUUAAUAACUAGGAAACAAAUUAAGGAAAAAUGUGAAAGUUAAAGGACCCAAGAAAUAGUUUCGUUAUUCUCUAAUUUGUUUAUUUGUUGUAAUUCAUUUAAAAAUAAUUGCGGAGAUCUGAAAUUGUGACAGAAUAUUUUCAAUUAAUCUGUUUUAGACAUGGUACAAUUUUAAGAACAUUCUGAUUUUUGAGCUAUAGAUUGGAAUUUGUUAUUUCAAUUUCUUUUUAAUUUUUAUUUGGUUUAAUAUAGAUAACAUUGUUUGGCCAACAGAAAUCCUUGAUAAUUUAAUGAGGUUCAUUAUAAAUUUAACUUGGAUGUAAACAAAAUUUAGAAUGUAAUGUACCUAGUAGUUUUUUAUUCUAUAAACAUGUUUUAAGAUCAGAGAUAAAAAUUGAUAAAAUUAAUAUUAAUGUAAUAUUUGUUUAUAAUUACAUACAAAUAUAUUGAAUAACAUUUUAUAUUAUACCUUCUCAAAUUCCUACUUAUAACAGACACACCCAUCAGCAGUUAUACCUUUUUUUUUUUUUUUCAUAUAAAUUAAAUACUACAAUUAAUUUACACUGUAACUUUAAAUGUGCUGAAUUUCCUCCCAGUGGUACUUUGUUAUAAAUAAUGUCUAUAGUUUUACUAUUAAACUUUAAAAAACAAAAACAAAUAGUGAUAUAUUGUAAUGUCUUCUUAACCAUACAGAACCAUACUUAACCAUAUACAAUGAUAGUAAUAUUAAUAAUGUAAAACUUAAAAGUUUUAGAUUAAUUAUGAAAAAUUGAUGAAUUUUAUUUUUUUACCAAUAUUGGUAAAUCUUACCAUUUAUAGAUCAUUUAUUUGAAUAACUUACAUAAUAAACCUUGUUCAUAUAAAUUGUCAAUUUAUUAUUUUGAAAUUGGAAAUUAAUUUCCGUUAAUAAAAAUUAUUAUUAUUAUUAAUGUGUUAUAUAGCAAUUGUUCAAGAUUUUAGUGAAACUAAGGUUUUACUCAAUAUUUUUUAGUAAUAUAAUGUAUUAUUUAUUUAAAUUUGUUGUAAACAUAACUAAUAAUUGUGUUUAUAUUUUUAUUAGCUUGGUGAAACGCUAGAUAAAUUCCAACCAAAACUUAUAUUGACUUUGGUAAGGAAAAUUAUUUUAAUUUAAUUAUUGUGAUAAUAAUGAGUGUCUAUCAAUCUUUAGGUAUACUUUUAAAUAUAAAUAAAUCAUAUAUUUAAUAAAUUAAUAAUAUAUUUGAAUUAUUAUUUAAUAUUAUAAAGUUAACUAUGUUUUAUUGCAUAACAAAUAUAUUUACAAAAUGAAUCAUAAUAUGUAAUUUGGCUGUCAUGUGAUUUAUGUAUUUAGUAUUGUAAUAUUUAAAGAACUUAUAUUUGUAUCCAAAAAAAGUAUUAGUUACUUUAAAGCGUGUAGAAUGUGUUAACAAUUGUUGACACCUUCUAAAAAGUACUAAUAUAAUGUGUUAAACAAUAUAAAGUAUGUAAUUUGCUGAUUAAAUAUUGUUUACUCCUAUUUUAAUAAUUUGUAUAAUAACUGUUUACAAGAAGUUAGUAGGUAUGGCACAACUAUUUUGCGACAUUUUUUAAUUUCUUUAUCAACGACAUACCAUGUUAUAGGAGUUGUUAUUAAGAGUAUAUUUACCCCGAAAUGAUUUAUAGUUACAUUUACAUUCUAAGAUUAAAUAUGUAUGUAUUAUGUAAUAUUUAUUUGAAGGUUGUUUUAAUAUAAAUUCAUUACUGUAGAAAUAACAAUUAAUAAUAUACUCAUAGUCAUAAUAUUAAAUGUGAUUUUAAUAUUGUAUUUACACAAAUUAUAUUUAAACUUUCAAAGAGAUCGAAUAAAAAUAUUAAAUUGAUUUAAAUUAAUCUCAUAUGUGAACAAAGGCAAAAACAGAAAUUGAUAAUUAAAGGCUAAGGCUGAGUUUUCAGCAUUUUUACCAAGGUUGUGUUUUAUGAUUGUAAUAAAAUGUAAUCUGUUUAAAAAAAAUAAUAAAACACUAGUGUUUAGAUAAGCUCUGUCACUAAAAUACAAUUUUCUUCCAGAAGACUUGAUCAUUUCAAUAUUUAAUUUUUUUAUAAUUCAUCUAUAAUAGAUAUGAUUUUUAGUGUUUUAUUACAUUUUGUGGAAUUGUAUUUUACUUUUCUUUAUUACAUUAACACCUAUUGAUGAUGUGUAUUCCCUGCCCUAUAUCAUGAUCUAUUACCCCAACUUUCUUCUUGGGGUAAAAAGUAUCCAAUUACUUUUUGGUACCGAUAAGAAAUUUAACAAAAUUAGUUUUAUUAAAAUAAAUAAAGUAUUUCUUGAAAAUUUUCAGUGGAGACAGGGGCUUAAAAGUUCAAAUUUUCUAAAGAUCCUUGAAAACAAUUUUACUUACAUAUACAAAUUAUAACCCAGUUACUUUGAUAAAUCUGAAGAGAUAUUGGAAAUCCUGUAUUUCUUGUGAAAACAUGAUCAUGCAUGUACAAAAUUUUAUCCCCUGGCAUUAUUCUGGAGUCUAAAGGAGUGUACAAAAUUAAAUAAAACACUAAUUUUACACAACAAAAUUAAAUUAUUAUUGAAACUCAAUCAACAUUGUAUGACUUCAAUUAGCUUAAAAAAAAUCAGAUUCAUUUGGUCCGGUGAGAGCUGAAAAUUCAACAAAAUAUUUGUUAUGCUUAAAAUAUAGGUAUCUACAUUUAUCAUAUAUGUAUCUUAUAUAAUAAGUCGUAUAAAAUAGGUUUAUUAAGAAUUUAAUUAUACUUAACAGUAAAAUAACAAUUUAUAUUUAUUUUUUAGAAUGGAAAAAAUACUGACAGCGAUAAAACCUGUAAUGAAGCUUAUUUUAAUGGAAUUGAAAGGUAGAAAAAUGUAUUAUAUUCAAAAUAAUUUACUUCAAUAAUAAUUAUUAUUUAUAUAUUAUUUUAAGGUUCAUAUUAGACAAUCAUAUUUUACAUAAAGUCAUUGCUAAUUGGUAAGUAUAAAAUAAUAUUUAUAUGUUAAUUGUUAACUAAUCUUAAUAUUAAAAAGGAUUUAACAUGUUUGUAUACCUAUCAUUAAUGUAUUCAGUCAGCUCUGCAGAGUACUUAAGUUUCAUUAAUUUCUUGUAGUUAAUAGACAUAACAUUUAAUCCAAUUUUUCUUAAAUGUCUUAUUCGUGUGGCUUCAAUACCUGUUAAAUGUUUAUUUUCCCAACAAUGGUGUUCAGGUAAAUUAAUCAAAAUUGCAGUGCAUAGACCGGGAUUUUUCUUAAAAUUUAUAUAUUUAUUAUUUAUUUCACAUUGGUUUGGAUAUACCAAUGCAUCAAUUAAGUAAAUGCUGAUCAAUGGCAGUUGAUUUAAAAUAAUUGAAUAGGAGAUUUUGUAACCAGGAAAAAUGUGUUCUAGAGUAUUAUUGAUAUCUUUUAAAACUCUUUGUAUUCUAUAGUCCCACCAAAUACUUUUAGUAGUUUUAUCUUUUGGCAACAUUGGCCCAAAAUAUUGAUCACACUCCAAUGUCAUACAUUGGUCAAUAAGUUUUAAUUUUGUUUUAGUAAAUUCAUUUUUACCUCCUUCUUCGUAUAAAUGGUGCAAAAAAGUAGUAUUGAAUACUCUAUGAACAAAGUUUAAUGGAUGUUUCUCUAAAUAAACACAACUUAAUAAUAUAUCAACCAUUUCUUGUGUUUUAAAAUUAAAAAACUCUUUAUUUGUUAUAUUUUCAAUUUUUUUCCAAAACUCCAAUGAGGGUUUAGGUUUGUAGUUAAGCUGACCAAAUGGACAAAAUAGAUUUUUAAAUUGUGAAGGAAGUAUAUUUGAUAAAUCUACAUUAAUAAUGUAUUUUGCACAGCCAUCAAAAAUAUCUUCAGAACGCACAUUGAAUUUGGAACAGUAGUUCAUAAUUUCGACCAUUAAUAAAGGAUUAUCAAUUGUAUUGUACUUAGCUUUUAUAUAACGUUCUAAUGCUCUAACAAUUCCAAUAUCCACAUAAUUAGUAUUGUUUAAUUCAUUGAUGAUUGAAAUUAGGCUGUUCUCACUUACUGUAUGUAUAUUCGUAUUUAUCCAUCGGGACGUAGUACGUAAAAUAACAUUAGAAUUGCACUUUGUUAAUCGCAUUAUGUAUAGAAUUUCUAUUAAAUCAUCAAUACGAAGAUGAUGCCAGAAAUGUUCUAAACAACGUUCUAACAUAUUCAUGAUGGUUUUUCGACUUUUCUUCAAUAGGUGUAAAAUUCUGAAAACUUGAAUUACAUUUGUCUCAUUUAUUUGUUUAGAUUUAUCCAUUAUUCCAAUCCAAAGCUGGUCUGCCAUCUUAAUUUCAUUUAAUUUAGAAAAUGAAUCAAUUGAUCGGCAUAAUUCAUCUAUAUUGAGUUUACCUUCUGUUACUCUGCAUAAAAUUUCUUCAGAUAUUUUAUUUUUAAACACAUCAGUCGGUAAUACUCGAACACGAUCGAUAGGCAAUAAUUCUAAUGUUCCAACCACAGCAGAAUUAUUAUUGUCUUUAAUGAUUAUUUCUAGUAGUUUUGCCAAUAUUGGCGUUUUAGUAUAAUCUAUAUUUGGUUUUGUAUCUAAAAUUGAUGACAAUUUAUUUAUUGCUAUAUGAAAUUUAAAGUUUUCUAAUUCGACAAUUUUUUUUAAUGCACUUAGUGCUAUUGCUGGUGUUAUUUGAUCAAGCAUUACUAUUUCUAGUAAAUCUAAUAGUGAUUUUACCGACGAACAUUUUUUAAACCCUCGAAUUACAUCUACAAUUUCUUCAUCAGCUUUUUUGCGAUCAGUUUCAUUUUUCAGAUUAUUGAAUUGUUUAAUAAGGUCUUCUUUGUUGAUAUCUGUUAUUUUUUCACAAUCCUCUUCACAACAAAUAUCAUUACUACCUACAUUGCGCACAAUCACUGGUAGUUCUCUUAUGAAAGCUCCUUCUUGAACAAAUGCAAAUGUAGUCCCAAAUUUGUCCGCUUUAUAUCUAUUUUGUGUGGCGUUUAACACUUUUAAUAAAUUUAAAUACUUUAUUCUAGUUAAAAAUAAUUGCCGAGUUACUAAUCUAGACAUGUUUUAUGUUAAAAUAUUUGGUAUAAAACUUAAUAAAAUUAAAAUUCGACUAAACUAUUUAGGGAAACAUUGGAAAAAUAAAACAAAAAAAUAGUAUUACACAAUAUCAUGUUAUUGUAUAUUUGUAGUAACUUGAAUAUACGGGCAUCGGGUACUUUUUCCACAGAUAAGAAUCCGAAUGAUAAUAUUAUUGAUAUUAUCAAAUUAAUAUUUACAUUGAUAACUAUUUUCAUUUAUAUUCAUAAAGUACACGAUUUGACCGCUAGAUGUCACUACGUAUUAUGUAAUAUAAUUUAAAAAUUUUAAAUUAGAAUAACAUCGCAUACUAUGUAGAUAUUUGUUAGAAAAGUUCUAAAAUACGUAUAAAAUUGUUAGCGUACCUAUGUUUGCAGUUUUAAUAUUUUGUUAUUAAAAUAAAUAUUUGUAAUUGUAAGUUGAUAAAAUAGAGUGAUGCAAAUACAGAUGUAUAAAGAUGUACAUAAUAUUAUAAUAUAGGUACUCUCUUUCUCUCUAAUAUAUAUUCUCUAUUACAGUAUCUCUUGAAGAUAAUAUAAUACCGAUUGCGAUGUGUCUGCAGUGCCGACCGGAUAAAUUUUGGGCCCCAUGUAUAUUUAUUUAUUUUCAUAAAAUUUUAUAAACUUUAAAGUCUUGUUGGAAAUCUAAAUUUUGUACCUACACAUAAACUAAUAAAAUCAAAGUUGUAUUUUUAUAUUAGGCACAAAAUGAGUAGGUAUAUAAUAUUAUCUAACGUUUCCAUAGUGGCACAACGAAUCUGCAAUACUAUGUUCGGUUCUGAUAAAUAUGUCCGAGUGUUUCAAUUUAAUAACAGUGCGUUUAGCUAUAUGUUAUAGCUAAUCAUCCUAUGUAUAAAUGGUACCAUCUUGAUGUUCGUCUGUUGAAUCCCGUGUCCUCAGAAAACCACUCGGCCACACGGGUCGCAAUUUGCGUACUACUGGGACAAUAUUAUUAUGAUUAUUUAUUGAUAAAGUGAUAUUUGGAAUGCAUAAUUUGCGGGGUUCCGCACAAGCGUGGGGCCCGGUGAGGCCGCACCGCUUGUCCCUCCCCCCGAGGGCCGACGCUGUAUGUCUGAAACUCAGCAGUGCCGUAAUAUAAUGCUGUAGUGCAGUUUACAUAAAUUCGUUAUAAUUAAUAAAAUGUAUUACAAGUAGUAUUGUUUUGCAUUCGGACUUGAGCAUCUGACUGAUCAUUGUAUCCGAUUCGAAAUCGUCUGCAAUAGCCAAUACGUCCUUUAAGCUCCCCGCGCGAUCGUAUCGGAAUACAGCGUGUUCCGCAUCGUCAAUGUCAGUCUGGCAGUCUGCGCACAUAGGUCCUUCCGCUUCUUGAACCUAUGGAGGUACUGACCGAAACCUCCAUGACCAGCCAGCACCUGCGUCAGAUGAAACCAAACUGCCUGGUUGACCACCGUUUUACAUUCUUAAUGAACGUCCAUGUCCAUCGUCCCGUUUCAGCCGUAUUCCAUUCCUCCUGCCACGUGCAACCUGUGUGCUUUUUCUCGUUCUAUUUUUUUCUAUAAUUAUUUUUUCCGGAUUUUUUGCGGAUCUUUUCUGUCUCUCUUUAGCCAGUAGGUGUACCGGAUUGAGUCCCGCUAUUAAGAUUCCUUAAGUUGAAUCUGUAAUCCUCUAAUCAUAAAGUUAGGUUCUCAAUAUCAAAAAUUGACAUUAUGGUUAACAUUAUGGCUUCCGUCUUCUGUAGAGACAGUUUAAGCCUGUUUUCUUCCAGCCAUUUCACUACUAGCUCCGGGAUAUUGUUCGUAGUUUCCUCUAGAAUAGGUGUGUGACCUGUUGCGAUCACUGCUACGUCGUUUCAAAAGCCACGAGUGAAGACGACGAAAAAAUAGUUUGUCUAAAGUCCGCUCUAAGGAGAUCAUCGAAAAUCGACCCCUAUGGAAUCCCACAUGUUGUGGUUUGACGUUCUUUCUCUUCAAAUUCAACCGCUCGGUCGCAUAAAUAGUCGCGGAUGAAAAGAUACUCUGGAACUCUUUUCCUGCUCAACGCUGCUUUGAUUUUGUCCCACGUUGCCGAAUUGAAUGCAUUGGCUACGUCUAGUAUCACGACUGCACAGAGCCUCCUCCGACGUAACGGUCCAUCUGUUACUUGCUUUACAAUUUCCAUGACCUUUUAUCUAGUAAUCAAUUUUAUAUAAUCUUCCAAUUUAAUCCUUAACUUAUAGGCACUGUAUGCCCAUAAUAUCUUAUAUGACAAAGUAAGUAGCUAUUCAUAACAUUUCUGUUCGUACGUAUAUCAUACAAGUUUUAGCAUAAAAGUUUAGGUUUUUAAAAUAUAAAAUGUUAGCGACAUCGAUUUAAAUGUUAUCUAUUAGUGAUCUGUCCAUUAUCGACCGACGAUGAAAUGAAUCAAAUGCGAUGUACCUGAUAGCCGUUGUUUGCAUACCUAUUUUUAUUAUAGUCGGGUCAUCAAAACUGAACACGAAAAAGCCGUGAUGAGAUAUGCGACAAAGGUGACGUGUGACGCUCACAAAUCUGUCAUGACGAAAUGUAAGCCUGGCCUGUACGAGUAUCAAUGCGAAGCCAACUUUUUACACUACGCCUAUUACGUAGGAGGUUGCAGGCACGUGGGCUACAACGAUAUUUGCUGUUCGGGCUCGAACGGUGCUGUUCUGCACUACGGUCACGCCACCAAACCCAAUGAGAAAAAGAUCCAGGACGGCGACAUGUGGUAAGCGAGAGAAAAAUAUUGUACUAGUUUACGGGUCGGUGACUGGUAAGCAUGGUGGGUGAUACCCGCUUCCUCCAAAAUAAUAUUGGCCGUUUCCGCCAAAAACGAAAAAAGUACGAUUCCCGGAACAGGAACCGAUGUUCGGGAACCAAUGGUGUUCAUAUGUAUACCUCAAUAGAUAAUCGUCGAUAACGAAAGUAUAAACAGCAUCAAAUAAUCGAUAAACCAUUAUAUUAUAGAGAUAGGUAAUUAGGUAGUUAGUAUCAAAAAAUUCUAGAAUUAGGUUUAACAUUUGAGUAUAAAAACAAUUACUGGUUAAAACGUUCUUUUGAGUUAACAUUUUUGGACCCUUCCGAAGUAUUGGACUAUUAUAAAAAGAAGUUUAAUGAAAUUAGUAGAUACAGUUUUGUUAAAACUGUUUUUUUUUUUUAAAUUUUGUUGUAUUUUAAUUUUUAGCUGUAAUUUAAAGCUCUGAUUUUUUUUUUAAAAUCCUAUAAUUUAAUUGUAUUAUUUGAUUUAUUAUUAUAACUUAUUGUACAUAAUUAGGUACAUGGUUCCUAAACUAUAUUUGGCGGAAACGUCUUUUCACUAAAAUACAUUUUGGCGGAAACGGUAAUCGUACCUUUUUCGUUUUUGGCGGAAAAGGACUAUGCGUAAAUCAGGGAACCGGUGUUUUGGUACAAAAAAGCCAUGUCCGGUAAGCAUAUUUUCGCAGACAUCGAUUUAGGACAUUGUCGCCCUGACCGGUGAUAGGUAUUCUGUAAGCCGACAUAAUACUAAGGUCGAGAAAUUGUAUUGAAAUUGAGGUCUUUCAAUACAAAGGAAAAUUUUCCAUUUUGUUUAUUUGAGUUGCGUAUUGUUUUUUCGCUUUGCUGUUUCAUUAUAUCUGAGAUGUUUGUUUAAAUAGAUCAAGUCGUAUUUAGACACAACCUUUAUAAUAGGUUGUUGAUUUGAUUAACAGUAUUUAUAUUAUUCGUAACACUAUUAUUAAUUUAAAUAUAAUUUAUUGUCAUUAUUUAUUUAAAUAUUAUUAUUAAAUAUGCAUUCAUACUUGCCAUUAUUAAGCAUAUAAAGUAAUAAUAUUAUAUAACUUGUACUUAAAUAAUUUAAAAAUGUCCUGGGAACUAACAAAUUAAGAGUUUUUUUAUUUAUUUAGGUUUCUACACAUAAAUACUAUAUUAUAUCAAAUUCUUUCAAAAUAGUUUAUGGAACAAAAACUAGUCUGUAUCUAUAUAAUUAUUUUAAAUAUAUUUAGAAACGGGGAACUUGGCUCGCUCUUAGAGUGGGCUUUCCUAACUUGUUACUAGUAAAUACUAAUAUGUACUGCGUCAUACUUCAAUUUUGGAUUAAUCACUUUGUUCUAGGGUUUGCUAAAAAAAUAGGGUAAUAGUUGUAUGAAAUCGAAUAAUUGUUGACAUGAAUGUCGUUGAGCCACAUAAAAACCUUGAUUUUUGAUAAAUAGCUGGUUGGUUUUUUCAGUCUUUUCGACAUGGGAGCGGUGUACAGUGGCUAUACAGCUGACGUGACUGUUUCGUUUCCGGCUAAUGGGAAGUUUACGGACGACCAACGGGCAAUAUACAAUACCGUACUUUCAGCCAGCCAUGCCGUAAUGAGUGCAAUAAAACCUGGUAAUCAUUAAGCAUACUAUACUGUCUGUGUAUAUUUUUUUUAAUAUUGGUUUUGAUUUAUAUAUAAUAAAAAAAUUGUAAUAUUUAAUUAAUUUUUUGUAGUAAGUAAAUGGUACCAAUAUAACCAUAAGUUAAUAUUUUGUUAUAGUUAUUCUAAAAGUUGUGAAAAGUUUGAUUUGGGUAGACAUAAUAUGAGGUAUAUAGCGUAUUACAUAAUAUUCCAAUGUAUGUUGAUUUAUAGCACUGAUUGUAAUCUUUGAGGCAUUUAUAAUUAGUCAUUACAUAAUACAUAUUUAUGUAUAUUUCUUAAUAUGUAUAAUAAAACGGGUUUAUGUUUAAAAAGAGAUAUCAAUUUUUAUACCAUAGAAUUAGAUUUUUUUUAUAAUUUUAAUUAUAAUUUAAAAAAUUUUAUUAUAGGUGUUUCCUGGGUGGACAUGCACAUAAUGGCCAAUAAAGUAAUUUUGAAAGGACUAAGUGAAAUCAAUAUAUUACAAGGCGAUGUUGAUGAAAUGUUCGAAGCUGGUCUUGCAGCCAUAUUCCAACCACAUGGGUUAGGUCAUCUUCUUGGAAUUGAUGUACACGAUGUUGGUGGUUACUUGGAAGGAUAUCCGGCUAGACCAGAAAAGCCUGGCCUUAAGUCUCUGAGAACGGCCAGAAAUUUGGAAGUUGGUAUGGCACUCACUAUUGAACCUGGGUGUUAUUUUAUUGAAUCGGUAGUAUAUUGUAACAGAUUAUACAAUUAUUGCAAUCUUAAUAACAUAGUUUUAUUUCAGCUAUUGAAUCAGGCUCUUAAUGACCCAAAAUUAUCUAUAUUUUUAAAUAAAAACAUAUUGAAUCGCUUUUGGAAUUUUGGUGGUGUGCGCAUCGAAGAUAACAUUUUUGUUACCGAAAAUGGAAUUGAAAACUAUACACCUGUACCAAGAACGUAAGCCAUUUGUUUACAUUUAUUUACAAGGUGUUUUCUGUGUAACAAUAAUCUUAACAUUCAAUAUUAUCUUUUUAAUUUUUAGUGUUGAAGAAAUUGAAGAAUGGAUGAGUAAAAAAGAAGUUGUACUAAAUAAUUUCUAG